AAUCAACAAACACUGAAUCCAUAACGCACAAUGAUUUUGAGACCGAUGAGACCCAGAGUAGCAACGAACGGCUACCAGAAUUAUUUGAAGUUGAAGGAUCAGCCCGCCAAGCGUCACCAAAGACACGGAAGAGAAUCAACAAGAAGAACGAUGCAAAAAGAAAGCGACAGUCUGGCGAAGAGUACGUGAGCGCCGGCACGAAAAAGGUUGUUCAAGCACGAAGGAUGAGAAAGGGCUGCGUUGGAAUGGAAUGUACGAGAGCUGGCCGUCAGUGUUCUGGAAUCACAGAAACGGAUAGGAGGGAGAUAUUUCAGGACUUUUAUAAACUGGCUGACCUGCAGAAGGAGAGAGAGUUCGUUGCGAGGCAUAUUGAGACGACUGAGCCCAAGGUCGGGAAACCAAACUCUCGACGCAGCAAAACGCAUGCUUAUUACCUCACAGUCAAUGGAAAGCGCUUGAAAGUGUGUAGAAACACAUUCCUUGCAACCUUGAGUAUUUCAGAGAAAUUUGUCCGAGUUGUUUUAUCAAAGAUUACGGAGACUGGCGUUGUGGAAGAAGACAAGCGAGGGGGCAGACAAUCGGAGCAGAUGAAGACAAGAGAAGAACAAAACAGGGAUAAAAUCAGUCGGCACAUUGACAGAUUUUCACGCGUGGAAUCACACUACUGUAGGGCCUCUUCCAGCAAAGAGUAUCUCAGCCCAGACCUCACAUUGUCCAAAAUGUACGACAUGUACGUGAAAGAAAACUCAUGCAAUGACAUCCCAAGUUUUCAUACAUACAGACGAGUGUUCAAGACGAAAAGCCUGGCCUUUCAUAGUCCUAAAAAGGACCAAUGCUCACUCUGCAACUCUUUCCGAAAAGGGGACGAAGCUCAGAAAAAUGAACUCAGGGAAAUUUACAACAGGCACGAAGCAGAAAAACAAAAGGUGCGACAACUUAAGGAGGAUUGCAAGAAGAUGGCUCAAGCUGACCACAGCAUUCUGGCAGGGAACUUUGAUCUCCAACAGGUCAUAUACUUGCCAAUUUCACAUGAAGAUGCUUUGUUCUACAAGAGGAGACUUUCCAAUUUCAAUUUGACGUUUUAUAAUUUGGGUGACCACACAUGUGAUUGCUUCAUUUGGCACGAAGGCCAAAGCAGAAGGGGCAGCUCAGAGAUAUCAACUGCGGUGUGCAGGGCACUGAGGGAAUAUGACCAAAGAGGCAUCAAGACUGCCUACUUGUUCGCCGAUGGCUGCCCGGGACAAAAUAAAAACACAAUCAUGCCCACCAUGAUGCUCCACAUGAUCAACACUUCAGCACACAUGGAGGAACUGUCACUCAGGUACUUUGAAUCGUUCCAUGGGCAGUGCGAAGGUGACUCAGCACACAGUGCUAUAAGCACGGCCUUGGGAAAUGCUGGGGAUGUGUUUCUCCCAUCACAGCUGUUUCCCAUCAUUGCAUUGGCCCGACGCAAACAGCCAUACAAGGUACACCCGCUUGAGCACGGUGACUUUCUAAACUACAAAAAACUGUCAGAAGAUCUGAAAGUUCUCAACGUCCGCAAGGACAAUCAGGAUUCAGGUGUUCCCGUGAACUGGAACAAGGUCAUGGAAGUGAGGGUGAACAAAGCCCACCCAACAACAAUAUAAAAAAAACCCCAGUCACCUGGAAGAGCAGUACAGGUCCAUUUCGCUGAAGCGCCAACUUUCACACCUAAUUCAUUGUGACGUUAAACAACUAAAUGAAGAACCAAACCAAAUUAGCAAGGAGAAAUACGGCGAUUUGAUGUCUCUGUGCUCUGGGAACACACCCGUCAUCCGGAAUGCCGAGCACAAAGCUUUCUUCUGUCAACUACCACACAGCGAAUGAGAUGUCUCACAAAAUUCAAGCUGAGAAAUACAAACAUGUUUGAUCAAGGAGAGCCUACCAAAGCAUGGUGGCAUCCAUCACUAAUUUGUUUUUGUUUUUUAAAUAAUAGAUUUGGAAUUGGAACGAAAGGAAACUGCUUGUCUUUCUAAAACGUGAUG